AUGCCACGGACUGUCGAAGGUAAUGCUACAAACAGGUUUAAACGAAAUCUACGGAAAAGCCUGAGAAUACUGCAAACGAACUUAGGCAGAGAAACAGCAGCCCACGAUAUAGCCUUUGCCACGGUAGCCGAGUAUAACAUAGACCUACUGAUAGUGGGGGAACCCAAUAAGACCAUCAUAAAAGCUCAAAAAUGGAUCAGCGACAAAAGAGGGGACGUAGCAGUGUACUUUAGAAAUAGGGAAGUGACCGUUAAAGAUAUAAAGUACUACGACGGUUUUUUGGGCCUACACCUCGAGUUUUGCACCUUAUACUGUUGCUACAUAUCUCCAAACAUUCCGAUAAAUGAGUUUCAGGAUCUGGUUGACAAGAUAAUAUCUGAAAUUGUCACAUCAAGAAGGGAAUGCGUGCUCUUGCGAGACAUAAACGCAAAGAGCGUCGAGUGGGGGUCUCCAUUCACAGAUAGUAGAGGAACGUACUUUUCUGAAUGCCUUGCUGCUGCAAACAUGGUUGUGCAUAACACCGGAGAUAACCCCACUUUUGUUAGAGGUAGCACAGAAUCCUAUAUAGAUGUCACAUGUUCGACACAGAAGAUCGCAGCAAACAUGAAGAAAUGGAGCAUACAAACGUUACUGGGAUCUAAUGUAGCCAGUACUGCCAGCGCCAGCAGUAAGUGA